AUGGGUGAGGAAAACGAAUUAGCCCAGGCUUACCGCCAAGCCUACGCUGAUAAUUCUCCUUUUUUGAAAGAAGCCAAAGAAAAAGAGAAUAUUCGUGAAUUACAAGGUAGACAUCCAGGAUUAGUUAUUUCUAAUAACGAACAAAACAAGCAUAGCCCACUAAUAACUAUUUUGCCAAUUACUUCCUUAAAAGAGGGUGACGAGCCUUAUCCUUUCCAAGUGGCUAGUUAUUUUCAAAGUAAAAAUGGCGUGAUUUUGGUCGACCAAAUUCGCACUAUUGACCGCAAAAGAUUUGGUGAACGAGUAGGAGAAGCAAAGUUUAUUUUGCGGAAUAGUCCAAGGAUACAAGGGGCUUUAAAGCAAAAAAACCAAGCUGGUAAGGUUUUCCAUUUAAGGACGGAUAUUGCUAAUGUUUAUAACUGCUAUUAUAAGGCUAAGAAUAAGCAAACUUGGGAUUUAGCUGAAUUUUUGCAGGAGUUGGAAGAGGAAGAAACGACCAAGGCAAAGCCUGCUUCUGACCCGAAUAUGGUUUAUUUACCUUCGGCUGAGCAGGUGGAGUUGGUUAGGGAGGUUUAUUAUACUUCCUCUGGCGGGGCUAAUUUAGAGGUAGAGAAAGCCCAAUUACAGCCUUUUAUUGAGCAAAUUUGCGGAGAGGGAAUUCCCAUCCAAAUUAUCCAGCCUGCUGACCGGGAAAGUAAAGUAUUUGGAGGAGGUGUUGGAGAGUGGGAAUUUGGAGUUGAAACGGCAAUAUACGGCAGAGGAAUGCCAAGAGUUUCGCUGAGAAUGAAAGAAGAGGAUUGGGGAGGGGUGGUGUCGGUGGGAUUAAACUCUAAAAAACACCAACUAAACAAAGCAAAAAAACUACUAGAAUUAACUUUCCCUCCUCGCAACCAUUUAGAAGCAUUACGGGGUAAUUGGAAAGGCUAUUAUAGCAUUCGAAUCAACAAGCAAAAUCCCAUUAUUCAUCAUCCCGGAAAAAUCCUGAAAGAAGAGUUUUUAACUCUUGCCCAAAUUAGCCCUUCUCAAUUAGCCAAAGAUAUCGGUGUUUCAAGCAAAAAAAUCAAAGAAAUAAUUGCCGAAGAAAAAGAUCUUAAUAAAAACAUUGCCACCCGCUUAGCUUUAUAUUUUUCCACUGCCCCGACUUUUUGA